AUGUCCCAGACGGUAAUCAAUACUACUACUACUACCAGCCAAGCUGGUGCUGAUAACAACAGUGGCUCCAUCGCCUUCGUGGACGACUACUCUGCCUGGGUCACUGGACCAACAGCCGAGUCGAACAGAGAUGGUAUUCAGUCGAUUAUCGAUGAUGCGCUCGAGUGGGAGAAGCGCAGCGGCGCCACGAAUGAUGUCAAGCCGAAGGACAAUGUGAAGCUGCUGGGAGUCAUCAUGGAUCAAGCACUUCGCUUCAAGGAGCAUAUCGCCGGAAUGGCCUCGCCACGAACGGCGAGGCAACUGUUCACUGCGACCGUUGCGCCGACCAUGGAUUAUGCCUCCAACGCAAUCACAGGAGGAUUCCGCACAGUGGCAACGGCAGUGGCUGAGGCCGAGGCUGGCGUGCAAUCAUUCCGAGAACGGCACGCUCAAGCGGCAGCGAAAUUCUGGAUAAGGAUGCGGACGCUCCCGAAGACGCAUCCUCUGACAUCGUUGAGGCUCAAGCUGCACAGGAGGUAUGCCUCGCCGAUGCAGAAGCUCGCCUCGGCGAUGUCAAGACUAGAUACCAAACGCGUGGAAGUCAUCCAUGAGUUCGCACUCGCGCCGUGGGACGAACGUAUGCAGGCAAAGUACGAGGCAGACCGAGUGGAGGUGAUGAGGCCGGAGGUCCCGGAGGACAUCACUAUUGCGACGUCCAGUUCUCAAAGGAAAGGCAAGGUCGGUUUGGGAGGCGUCGUUCGGGAUGCUUCCCGUGACAACGCAGACGAGGUGCUGGCAAGCUACUCCGUCACCCUUGGCUCCAGUGAUGAGCAGAAUGUCUACACAGCAGGACUCGAGGCAAUCGCCAUGGCCCUGAGCAACCGCGCUGUCCUGCAAGUCAUCGGGCGACCGCGGCAGCAGUCUGGCAAGAGCAACGACGUUACGACUGCUGCUCAACGAACACACUCGCGUUAG